AUGUCGAACCCCUCACAACUCUUCCUCCUCGCCGAUCACAUAAAACUCUCCCUCCUCGAGCGGCAAAGAGCUGUCUCGUUAAACCUCGAUCCCACUCCGACUCAAUCAUCCCACAUCUCGCGCUCCAUCGAAUCCUUUCGGGAAGGCCUUGAAGCCCUAGAGAGAUCAGCACAGUCUAACAGCUCAGACGCUGACCAACUUCAGCGUCUUCGCUCACAAUACAAUGAUCUCUCCCGCCAAUUCUAUGGUGACAACCUUCCAUCUACCGCCCAGGCUACGAUCACAUCACCCAACGACCCGGCGCUGUCAGCAGACUUUGAAAGAGCCCAGCAGCCUAGCAAAGACGCAGCUGGGUCGUCGAGUCUGAAGCGUGAAAUCUCGAAACCCUCCAAAAGUGUGCGAUUUCGCGAUAAUGAUGCGGAUGAUGAAUUGGACCCCAACCGAGGCGCGCUCUUUCCUACGCAGUACACCGACGAUCCCAACCCGGUAGAGCCCGAUCCCACGGGGACGAUGACCAACGAACAGAUACAUGCAUAUCACUCACAAGUCAUGGCCGAACAAGACGAGCAAUUAGAUAGACUGGGCGAGUCGAUUGGACGACAAAGGCACAUAAGCAUGCAGAUGGGAGAUGAACUAGAAGGGCAGGUUGCUCUACUGGAUGAGGUUGAUCGAGGUGUUGACCGGCAUCAAGGGAGGCUCGAUGUGGCGCAGAGGAGAUUGAAAGGCGUUGGUAGCAAAGCAAAGGAGAACUGGGGGAUGACAACGAUCAUCGUGCUGAUUGUCAUAUUGGUGCUUCUGAUUGUGAUAUUGAAAUAA